UGAAGUUUUGGGAGUGGAAGAAGAAGGGAGAGAGGAUGAAGAUUGUGACUUACAACGUUAAUGGCUUAAGGCAACGAGUUUCCCAGUUUGAUUCUCUUCUCAAACUUCUCGAUUCCUUCGACGCUGAUAUCAUCUGCUUCCAGGAAACGAAACUUAGAAGACAGGAAUUAACAGCAGAUUUGGCUAUAGCUGAUGGGUAUGAAUCGUUUUUCUCGUGUACACGCACUUGUGAGAAAGGUCGUACUGGUUACUCUGGUGUAGCAACGUUUUGCAGGGUAAAGUCAGCAUCUUUAAGCUGUGAAAUUGCUUUGCCUGUUGCAGCAGAAGAAGGCAUCACUGGUCUUGUAAGUGGUAAUUCACGAUUGGGGAAGAUUGAAACGUCUGUGAUAGCUGAAGGGCUUGAGGAAUAUGAGAAAGAUGAGCUUCUUAGGAUUGACCAAGAAGGACGCUGUGUUAUAACUGAUCAUGUCCACUUUGUUGUUUUCAAUGUCUAUGGACCGCGAGCUGUAGCUGAUGAUGUUGAGAGGAUUGAGUUUAAGCAUCGGUUCUAUGAUAUUUUAGAGAGAAGAUGGGAGUGUCUUUUGCGUCAAGGAAGAAGGGUAUUUGUUGUUGGGGAUCUCAACAUUGCUCCUUCUGCUAUGGAUCGAUGUGAAGCUGGGCCUGAUUUCGAGAAAAACGAGUUCAGGAAGUGGUUUAGAUCUCUGCUAGUUGAACGUGGAGGCUCAUUCUCAGAUGUUUUCAGAUCAAAACAUCCAGAAAGGAAAGAUGCAUUCACAUGUUGGUCCUCGAGUACUGGAGCAGAACAAUUUAACUACGGUUCGAGGAUUGAUCAUAUCUUAGUUGCUGGUUCAUGCUUGCAUCAAGACAAAGAUAAGCAAGGCCAUAGUUUUAUUGCUUGCCAUGUCAAGGAAUGUGACAUAUUGACAGAGUAUAAGCGGUUUAAGAAUGAAAAUAUGUCAACAAGGUGGAAAGGUGGAUUGGGUACAAAAUUAAAGGGAUCAGACCAUGUACCUGUAUUCACUAGUUUUGAUGAUAUGCCAGACAUCCCGGCACACAGCACGCCGCCAUUAUCUUCGAGAUACCUUCCUAUGAUUUAUGGUUUCCAGCAGACUCUUGUUUCAGUGUUUAUGAAAAGGCAAGCCAAUGAGGAAGCCAAAGCUAAUGAAGUGACAUAUUCAAUCUCGAGUCAAGGUAAUGCUUCAUCAAGCUGUGGAGAUAUUUCGACAGGACCACUGAGAACCUGUGGUUCAAAAGGGAUUUCACUGGAGAACGAACCCACUUGUAGCGUUACAGAAUCAGACAUUAUGGCAUCAAGAGGUUCCAUCGAUAACCCUACUGAUGGACUCUGUGUAUCAUCAGUGAGAGCUGAGAAUAUCUCUAGAGAUGGAAACAGGAAAAAAGCGAGGAAAAUCCAAUCAUCUCAGCUUUCUCUCAAAUCCUUUUUCACUGCAACCUCAAAGGCGAACAAUGGCGGGGAUAAUAAGUCUUCAUCCUCCAGUCAGGGCUCCCAAGUGGAUAGCAUCACAGAACCGGCAGUUUCCAGCAGAGAAGACGGUGAAUCGACGACUACUUCAACACAAGAAGAAGAUCAAAGCGGUUCUUCAGCUAAACAAAAGAACGGUACAGCUCUAAUGGAGUGGCAAAGGAUACAGAACCUAAUGCAAAACAGCAUACCUCUCUGCAAAGGACAUAAAGAAGCUUGUGUUGCUCGGGUCGUAAAGAAACCAGGUCCCACAUUUGGCCGUAGAUUCUACGUCUGCUCUCGAGCUGAGGGACCUUCCUCUAAUCCAGAAGCAAACUGUGGUUAUUUCAAAUGGGCUUCAUCAAAAUUCAAAGACAAGUAAAUGAGUGAUGAAAUCAAACAUGACGAGUAAUGUGAAUGGUCAGGAACCAAGGAUUUAAUCUAGUGAGCUCAGGUACACCAUGAAGAGAAACUCAACAAUGUCGGUAUAUAGUUAAUACCAUAAUAUAAUCUCUUAAGCCUUGACCAAUGUGUAAAGCUGCUGGAUUUAGCUUAUUUCCACGUUCCUGUCUCUAUCACUUUAUCCCUCUUGGUCUCGUUUAAUAAUGUCGUUCCUUCUAAUGUGACUAACUUUUAGCUUUGUAGCAGCUAAUAUACUAAUGUUACAAGUUGCAUAAAAUUUUAAUUAUAAGGUAUGUUAAUCGACAUGGA